AUCGAUUGUUGUAUGAAACUAAUUCAAAGCAACUUCGUAAGAGAGGCAUAAACGCGUGUCACUUAUUUGAACAGCUGCACACGCGUACAUUGAUCGUUACGCGUUGUGCAGAUUCAACCACACUGCGACAUACUUUUGUCAAAUCGUGAGUAUUUGUAAGACCUGUAGCACACUUCUCGACACUUGAAAGCUGGCUAUUAUAUUGCGUUCUUGUGUUAGGUCGUAGUCGUUCGAGAAAGAGGAUAACUGAAGAAAAAAUUAUUGUUUUGGUUCUAUAGUUUGUAACACGUGGUCUUAAAUAGUUCGGUGCGAAUAAUGUUUCAAUAUCACAACAUUCCUACUACCACUCAAGCUUAGCGCCCGAUGCAAUUACACAUUCCGGGUGAACAUUGUGAAACAAGAUUUCGGGAAUUCUGCUGUCGUUAGGCAUCUGGAAAGAUUUAUACCAGCACCUGCAGUGCAGUAAAAUCUAGCAAUACUACCAACACUCCACCAAAUUCAAUGGAAAAAUAUUAUGUCAAUAGAGAUGAGCUAUAGAGUUUAAAUCAAUGCCACAACUGCGACACGAUUCUCGGAACCAAACGUCCCCACUAGUUCUUUUACAGAUUGAGCAAGUGUGUCGCAGACAUACGAGGGAAAUACUAGUCCCGAGUAUCAUCCCCGCAUUCAACCAUAGUGCCGCAAUUAUGGUUGUAACUCACGACUAAUAGCAAAUGUGUCCGGCUGUCUUGAAUUGGAUCACAAAACCCUGUAAAUGAUUUCGAUAGUGAUAUGAAGUGUUCCAAAAACGUCUGAUCAAAUAAUUGAGUUCAGUUACUCGCUAUGCUUAGCAAUGAUACGGCUACUCAGGCUCUUCAGCGUGAACACAUGUAAAAUGUUUUCGCGUAGAAAGUGUCGCUUUGUUCUAUGUACUGUUGGUACAUUAGUUUUUCUUCUGAUAUUUCGUCUGAUUUGGGAUAAUAGUUCGACCUACACGCCGCACAUGUACUCUGAGAUUGUCAACGAAGUAUCGGAAUUUCGGCAGGGCAGUGGAUACUUCUCCUAUUCUUGCAUAAAAUUAAAGCCUAUCAUUGGGAUCACCAGACCCUCACCAACUCCAACGAGUUCACCAAUACGCAGCUCCACAUACGACGCUCAACACUCGACUGCGAAAGACUUGUACCAACAGGCAAGUGAAUCAUUCAAAACGCCUUCUCCAGCAUCAACAACUCCGAGUCCAUGGAUCGACACCUGUUUCAAGAUCUUCGACCUUAACGCCACUACCGAGAACGGUAUACACGAGAAAAACAUACUGGAGGAUGUGCAGCAGUCCAUGCCGCAACCGACCGACGAUGGCCGUAACAUCUUCUUUCACGAAACAUCCUGCUGGAAGGACGGUAUCGUGCGCCUGAACGCCCGACAAGCGUGUGCAAUAGAGUCGGCUGCCCGGGCCAACCCGGAGUGGAACGUGUACGUACUGUUUGCAGCCCCGGUUGGCUUCCGGAACCGCACAACACAGCCAAUCCUUGACGCACUGCUGGAGUAUCGUAAUGUGCAUCUGCGCUAUGUCAAUUUGACCACAUACGCAAACGACACACCGCUGAAAGAAUGGAUGGCGAAGGGCGAUAUACUACAGUCACAGUACAUGAACUCUCAUCUGUCCGAUGUGAUGCGCUAUCUGACCCUCUACAAGUAUGGUGGAACGUACCUUGAUCUGGAUGUGAUCGUGCAACAGUCUUUUGAGAAGCUGGAACCGAACUAUGCCGGUGCCGAAUCGUUUGAUUUGAUUAAUUCCGCUGUAAUGAACUUAGAAUCAAAAGGCCACGGUCACGAACUAGCGGAAACGUGUGUUCGUGACCUGCUGACCAACUUCAACGGCAAUGAUUGGGUUAAUAAUGGACCAGGGGUGAUAACGCGCGUAUUGCAAGAGCACUGUCGCACCCAGUCGAUCGCUGAAAUGACCCGGCAUUGUUCCCGACACUUUACCGUCUAUCCAUCGAGCGUAUUUUACGCGAUUGAGUAUUGGAAUUAUGAGCUUUUAUUCGAAGAACAGUGCCUGGAGGAGGCCCUCGUUGCGUUCAACCGAUCGAUCGUGGUGCACCUUUGGAACAAGCUGAGUAAAGACAGUCCGGUGCGGGUUGGGUCACGGGUCGCAUACGGUGUGCUAGCCGAACGGCACUGUCCCAAAGUGUACGGGUCUUGUGGGCCCGUCUUCUAACACUAUCAGCUCAUAACCAUGUCUUAAGUAGCGAGAUCUUCAUUCUUCGAUCAAUCACACGCGAUCACACCCUGUCGUCACACGAUCAGUAUCAAUAAAUGGCUCAUCGCCCAAUCAACACAUUUGUAACACUUCAAA